GAUGUGCGUAUGAAGUCCUGAGCUCCUGAUCAUCAGUCAGAGCAAAGCAAAGUAAAGCACAAACUCCUGGAGGAGAUCAUGAAGCCCAAGUCUCUCUGCGUCCCGCGGUUUGGCAUGUUUGAGGAGGGCAGAUACCGGCGGCAGGUCGACGCAGCGACACCGGAGCAGAGUGUCGAUCAUACGGUCGAGAAGAAGAAGAAGAAGAGGCCCAGAGAGCCGCAGUUCACAGCCCUGACCGAGAGACCACCGUACGAGCUCUUGCUGGAGGACGACAGCCAGCACACAGUGAAGGAGGAAAAGAAAGCGAAGAAGAAGGAAAAGUACAAGAAAUACAAAAAGAACGUAGGAAAGGCUCUUCGAUACAGUUGGAAAUGUCUGAUGCUGGGUCUGCAGAACUUCACCGUUGGAUAUUCCACCCCUUUCUCCACCGCUUCCUCCAUUAUUCCUGAUUUCCACCCUGGAGGAGCCUGGGGUUGAGUCCAGCAUUUGAUCCUCCUUAAAGUCAUCCAAAAAAUCUUCAUAUAUGGACCAGUCGAUGCUACACAUCCAGAUGCUGCUUUACAAACGGACCAAACGUCUGCCUGAGCAACCCCAGCUCUCAUGCUGUAAACUGUUGUAAAUAUCCACAACUGAAAAUCUACAGCUAUACGAAAGAUGUAUGUCUUUUUAUACCCAGUUCUAUAUGUGUAUAUUUGCUCAGAAUUUAUAUGAAUUUCUGUAUCGAUAAUGAAUUAUUCUUGUAUACUGAACUAAUAUGCAACUGUCCCUUUAAUUAAUUCUGCAAUUAUUUUAUGCAUAGGCUGAAGGCUGUGAAUGAGCGAUUCACAUUAAAAGAGAGGAUUUGCUUGAUAAAGAGAUUAAUUUGAAUGUUUUUAGGAUGGGAAAUAUAAGUAUGUUUCUUAAAAAUUGUAGGACACUUUGGAUGUAUUAAUGGGAACGAUAACAGGAAAAGAUGAUCAGAGAAAUGACAGUGCCAUGACUUGUUUGAGGGAGUCAGUGAAGCUGAGUAACUUGCUUAUAACACCUGCUUAAAGUUAUUUCUAAGACAAGAAAUGUGAUUAAAAUUAAUAAAUGAAAAUUCA